UCGACAAUAGCCGCGGGAGGAGGAGCCGGUUUAUUAGCCGGAGCUGGUCAGGGGUCGUGCUUGAUAAGCUCUGAUAAUGGCUUUCGCUCGAGUUAACUAGUCAGUUCCUACGGCGAUUCGUGCGAGCGAGCUACUACGUGUCGCACGAAUUCUUCAAAGUAACGCGUUUGCUGUAAAUUAGCAUUCAAAGAAUCACAUUUAAAAGUCAGAAACGCAUUCCUACAAUGCGAUAGUAAAAUAUGAACAAGGACGAUUACGUCAGGAAAUAUAAAUAUGCGUUCGACAAUAUGGAUCUGCCGUCAAAGUUCGAGCCGACGACGAAGAUGACGGAGAUACAUCGGCAUGCCGGCGGCGAGACCACAGAGCUGGGUGAGGUGAAAGUGAUGACCGCACCGAGUAGCAGCAUGACGACGACGAUGCUGAAUGCCAACAGCAGCAACGACACGGCGCCGUGCAAAAACAGCGGCUGCAAAGUCUGGAGCAGCCGCGGCGAGCCGCGGUCCGAGAGUCCUUGGCACUCGCUCAAGACUAUCUUUCUCGUUUCCGUGAUCGUGGCGUUCCUCCUGUGGAUCAUCGUUUACACUCUGCUGGAUCGGUAUAGGAUCCUGUAAUCCAUCGGAUCCUGCGGGAUUUCGUAAUUCAGCACUGAGCAUUGGAUCCUGCGAUCGCACGUGAUUUAUGAUCGCUAUCGGGCUCUGCGAGCCACUUGGUUUAGCAAACACGUUGUAUAAUCGACAGCAGGUCCUUUGACGAACGUGGCUUCGUGGAUCCAUCCUUACAAUCAUCAGAUUCUGUGAUUUUUCAAGUGAUUCGGUAAUCACAUUGGAUUCUGUAAUCCACGCAAUAACAGAAUGAUAUCUGUAGACAGAUUUGAAUGCGCUCGAAAGCUUGAGGUUGUUUUGUAAGUCAAAUUGUAAUAUUGUAUAUUUCGUACUCUUUUAAAUAUUUACGAUAUAUGUGAAUAUUCGAAUAAAAUGCCAUGUUA